AUGAACAGUGCCAAUUUUGUCGUAUUGUUAAUGUUCGUUUGUUCAAGUCUUAUCAAUGCCGGGCGAUUAGAACAACAAUUAAAAUUGUGGAAACGAAAUCGGUAUCAAUCAGAGUUAGCAUCAUCAUCUGAAAUUGAGGAUGAUAGCAAUCCAUCGAAUGAUCAGCAACAAGACGUCAAUUUAUCUGGUUUACCGCAAAUACGGGGGUUGGGUUGGGAUGAGAGUACUGAGAACGAGAUGGAUGAACGUUCAAUAGAGAAACGUGAUUUAAAUUCAUUUCGUCAACAAGCAUUGGAUGCACAUAAUCUAUACCGUCGUAAAUAUUGUGUUCAGCAAAUGACACUGGAUUCAUAUUUGAAUAGCGUAGCACAAGAAUAUGCACAAUAUUUGGCACAAAAUAAUCUUUUUCAACAUAGUAAUCAUCAAGGUAUGGGAGAAAAUUUGUAUAUGACAAGUACAACAGGUCAGUUAAGUCAAAAUGGUGCUGAUGCUGUUACAUCAUGGUAUAACGAAAAUCAGUUAUAUAAUUAUGAUAACCCGGGUUUUUCAAUGAGUACUGGGCAUUUUACACAAGUUGUAUGGCGUGCAUCGAAUCGUUUAGGUGUCGGUGCUGCUAUUGCUAAUAAUGGCGCUUGGAAGAAAUUGUAUGUUGUUGCCAAUUAUGCACCACCCGGAAAUUAUUUGGGACAAUUUCAACAAAACGUUCCACGUCCUUGUUAA